AGACAUUACCGUACAUGGUAACGAGAUUUCGCAAUCAGCUUCUCUCCAUGUUCCAAACAAAAACACUCACUCUGACACAGGCGGGAUUAAACGACAACUUUGUACGUUCGCCUUUUCUAUUUUGAUGGAUGGUUGAGCCCACCGUCGCCCCGUGAAGGUUUGCUUGAGGUGAAGACUCUUUCACUUCUGCUUUCUGUUCUCAUCUCAUCUCUACACCUGAGGAGACUCUGGUCAGAGAUCAGUACCUGAAGGCAACACAUCCAAAUGAGCCGGCCGUCCCAGCCGAAAAUAAACACAGCUGACCACAACAGCGUGAGUGUCAUCCAGAGCCAGGCCCACGCCUCAUCCUCGUCUCUGCCGGCGUCCGUAGCUGGACUGCAGCAGGUCCCCCAACUUGUACCGGCCAACCCAUCAGCCGGAGGCGGCAAAGCCCUCCCUCCUAGCAAGAUGAAGAAGCCUCCAGCAGAUAAGGACAGUGACGAGUACCGCCAGCGGCGUGAGCGCAACAACCUGGCAGUGAAGAAGAGUCGCAUGCGCAGCAAGCAGAAGGCGCUGGACACGCAGCAGCGCGUCAACGAGCUCAAGGAGGAGAACGAGCGUCUGGAGGCCAAGAUCAAGCUGCUGAGCAAAGAGCUGAGCGUGCUCAAAGACCUCUUCCUGGAGCACGCACACAACCUGGCCGACAACGUGCAGCCGCCAACAGGGGCUGAUGGCUCCAGUCCUGCCCCCAACAACUCCUCCACCAAUGGGCAGUGAGGGUGCAGGACAUUAAAAAUCUGCAGGAUACACGGGCUCACUUGUUCUUCAGUGCUUUCAUUCAUUAUUUUUCUUUUAUUAUUCUGGUCAUCCACCACAUGCCCUCAAAACAGGAUCAAAACUGUUUCUUUUUUAUUCUUUUUUUACUGAGCAUAGUAAAAUUUAAUUUUACUUUUUAUAAAUUCUGUUUUAUUCCCAAUCUGUUCUGGAACCUGAACUGUGGUCAUGUGAGGAGCCAGAAGGACUUAAAGGUCACGUUGUGUUAUUCAUUGAUUGAUCAAUCAAUUGAUUGUCUGCAGGACUGGGAGGAGAUUAAUGUGAGAUCUCCAAUAUUCUGAGUUGUCAUCCAUUGAACUGACUGCUGUCAACCUGAUAAACAUCUGGGAAUUUGUUGAAAACACCAGAUGUGUGACUCAGCACCUCGCACCCCCAGGAUCAAGAUGGAAACUCCUAAAUUCCCUUUUUUUAGAUGUGGAUUUUCUUCUGAUGUUUUGCAGAAUUCUUGAAAAUAUAAAAGGAAAAAAAUCUGAUGAGAGAAUUUUUAGUGUUGUAUCUAUAUUCACUACAAGUUGAUGAUGUUUUAAGGACAUUGCUGGUAUUUCAGGGCAGAUCCCAGAGAAAUAGACACAUCCUCUACUAAUGGUUUGGAGUCCGUCCAUGAAGAGGGGUACAUUUAGUUUUACACUCCGGGUCAUCCCGUCACAUUUGUGGUUGACACACCUGCAGAUGAGCCUUAAGCAGGUGUUCUACAUGUCCUAGAAACCUGGAAUACCUCAUUCCAUUUGGCUAGUGAUAGGGCAAAGAAACAAAAACAGAGCAAAAACAAAAAGUGUUUAAUGUGGAAUGUUUUGUUUUCAGCCUACCCAGAUUUAAAUAAGUUGUGCGUCAGGAAGCAGCUGAGCUUAGUGAUGUACCAAAUCAGAGGACAGGGGACGUCCCAGCAGUCGUAGUAGCCCCAGCUACCAUUGAUCACUUAAUGUGUCAUCACUACAUAUAUUAUUUUCUUACAUUUGAUGACUUCAGUCGUUCUUCAGUCAGUUAUGAAACUGUAGACGUUCACUUUGUUGCUGGAGGCAGAUCACAAGCUCAACUUGUGUGACAAUGCUCCUGUUGACUGUUUUUGUCUGAUAGUGAUUCCUUGAAAUGGAUUUUGAUGAUGUGAUAAUUUAUUUACUUUUAUCAGCUGAAAACUGGCCACAAAUAUGACGGUGAGACCCAGGCUGUGUUCAGCUGUGGCCUUGCCCUGUCAUCCCCCUCACCUUAACCUGAAGGACUGUCCCGGUCCAGACAGGUGUGAGUUUGUGGUGCUGGGUGGACCCAGACGCCUGUGAGUAUCAGACACAUCAGGCGAGCCGCAGCUUUAAUUAAAUCCAGAUUUAACCGGGCCGGGUCGUUAGCCGCCUGCUAAUGAGUUGUGAGCAGAUCUGGACAGGUCGGCGGGGGCUGCGGUGCGUUGUUGUUGUCAGACUUUGUAAUUAUGUGAGCUUUGUGCGGGCGUGGAGUGUUUCCACAGGAUUUGUCUGUCAGGAGCUUCGCCUCCCUGCAGGAAUGUUGUUGUCUGUCUGAGUCCUGAUGCUCCGGAGCCACUCGCAGAAACGUUCCCACAGCGUUCCCGUGUUGUCAUGGUGUGCACUCAUUUAUAGGAGUGUCUGCCAUAGUGGACUUUGUACCACAGUGUGCAAAUACUCCGAUGCCCCAAAUGUACUAAUUGAACGUGACUUCAAAUCAGGACGACGUCUCAUAUUAUAGGAUUAUGAUAAUAGAUGCACUUUAAGACAGUGAUGUUGAACAGAGGCUGAAGGCAACGUUGUGGGAGGCUGUUCUCUGGUGGAUCCUUGCUCAGCACACGAUUCGUCUUCACACUUUUCUAUGGAUGUUUUUCUACAGCAGCAUGUUUCUACCGGUGUCUUUGCAUGGUGGGUGGGGGUCGUACUGUGUGAAAUACCCUGAUGUUGGUCUAAAUGUUGCUGGGCAGCAUUUGUGUCACUCAGCUUUUUUAUACCAGAGGAACAGGGUCGGUGUCGUGCAGUGCAAAUUAAAAAUUGACUAUAAAAGUUAACUGUGUUUCGUUUUUUUUAUGAAUGUUACUGCACAAAACAGCAGCAGUUAAAAACUGUCUGAAAUAUUUUAUUGUUAUUUUUAUUGUGUCCAAAGAUGAUUAAAUUAUUUCCUGCAAAACCAAAACAAUUCAA